AUGAAGCAGGUUAAUAGAGAUUUGUUCUAUAGGCUGGCGUCGGAUAUUGAGGAAGAACGUGUGAAGGCGGCUGUUGGUAUCGUUAAUGAGUUAUCUGAAAUUGUGGAGCAGGAUAAUGAGCAGGAAUGGCAGUAUGUCUUGGGAAGGUUAAUAAAAGGGUUAGCUUCGGCUAGACAGGGUGCACGUCUGGGGUUUUCAAUGUGUUUGUCGGAGGUUGUUACUCUUGGGUUGGAGAAGGGACGGUUAGAGAGCGUGGAGGUAUAUAUUGGACAGUUGUUUGAGAAAUUAGCCGACGGGCAUGUUAAGAACGGGAAGGAGGAACGUGGUUUAGUGUUUGGGAAGCUGUUUGGGUUGCAAGCUCUGUUGAACGAGCCGUUGUUUGGGCGUAUCUUUAUGGAUGGUAAGGUGAUUGAUUUGCAAUUUACUGUUUUAUUUAUGGAUCAUUUGGUUAAGUUGGCACUUUCCAAGACUUGGUUACGUGAGCCGUGUUUGUUUACCUUGUAUCAGCUGAUUGAGAAGCUUAGUUCAAAGUUUACCGAGGUAGGCCAUUUAGAGGCUAUUUUUAAAUUGUUAGAUCAUCACAAAUUGACGCUUACAAAUGAGGGUCUUGCCAUUUAUUUAUUGCUGAUCUAUGAGUGUGUAGAGACAAAAUCUCUGCUUAUUAAGUCAAAAAUUCUUUCCAAGAUUACUUUACGCUCAUGUUGGAAGAAUAAUGACCCGUUGUCCAAGGGUAAUGUGACAAUACUUUCCUCUGUAUUGAAGGAUAUCAUUCCUGUGGAGGAUAAUGUUAUGAAGCAAAAGGGCAGUUGGGCACCACGUCUACAUUUCGUCUGGGAUAUUCUUAUCCCAAUUUUGUGUCGGCAGCAAGAAAUUCCAGGUGCUGCUGAGCAUGUUCCCAAGAAACGAAAGACGGACAAGAAGGACAAGAUUGAGAAGGUGAGAGCGCCUCUGUCGUUUUCAGAAUUCUGGCAGGUUGUGGUAGACGAAUCAUUUUUCAAUGCAAAGGCAUCUAGUGAAAGAAAAUAUCUGGGACUUUUGAUAAUAGAAAAGGCGAUGCAAUGUGUUCCAUCAUCGUAUGUUCCGUCAAUUUUUUCUAAAAACAUCAUGCGGACUUUGAUCAAUCAAUCCAGCGAAUCGACAAGAAAUCUACAUAAAAUAUCCACUAAUGUUUUAAAGAAUAUUGUUUCGAUUUGUGAAUCUGAUCCUACAAAAGUGCUUCCUGUCGUUAACAGCUUAUGGUUUGGACCUAAUGGCUCUAUUAAUUUUGAUAUAUUGACGAAGUCGAAGACUAUGGACAGUAUUAUCGCUGUACAAGGUCUGAAAUCUGAACAUCUGGCAUCGUUAGUUGCCUUGAUCGUAAGUGAAAUUGAUAAAGAGUCUUCCCCUGUUUCCAAGGUGAGAUAUUUGUUAGAUAUUUUGUUGCACAUAGUUCAAGCUCACAAAUUGAAAGCGGACAUGUUUUGGACGAAACCUCUGUUGUCAUCCAUAGUCAAACUUUCAUUCUUUAAUGACAAGCUCAGUGAUUUUGAAGAUGUUGAUCUUGAUGCUCAUGCUGAUGCUGAUGCUGAGUCCAAGAAAAUACCUGUCUUAUCAAGAGAAAGGUUAUUUUCUAUACUUGGUCAACUAAUUCCUACUUCUAAACAAAAUGUAGACGGUCCAACCUGGCCCUAUGUUACCUUACAGAUUGUUAUUGCCGAAGAACAUAGAAGGUCGUUGAUUUUCAAGUUAGAUGAAGAGUUGCAGCAGACGAAAGAACAUGCAUUAAAGGCUAUCAACGAUAUUAGAAAAAAAUCCCAAGAGUCACCCCAAGCUUCCGAAUUAUGUGGAUUAGAAUUGCUUUUGGGGGUAACUAUUCUGCAGAUGUAUUCUGGUGAUGCAGAAUCUGCGUCCAUUUUGGAGGAAUUAACGACUUUUUACAAGUCUAUUGACACCAAACCUAAUGGACUGGUGGGGAUCACGGAAAUAUUGCUGUCCAUGGUUGCUCAAAAGAAGGCUGUUUUAAGGAGAUUAACUCUCAUUGUUUGGGAGUCAUUAAUAGACAAGAUCGAAGGUGAUGAGUUGAAUCUGUUAUUUGAUAUACUUUCUGUACGUGAGAACAAGCAAGGUUUUGCUGCUCUUUUCGAAGCAGCAGAUGAAUAUGUCGAAGUAGAUGAUGAUGAAAUUAAUGAAGAUGUUGACAUAUCACAUGAAAACUGCGAUUCCAGUGAUCACAAUGACAGUCAUUCUUCCAGUUAUUUUGAAGAAUGUGGAUCUAAUGAGGAAGACUCGGGUAACAAUGGCUACAAUGAGUACAUAGAUAAAAUCAACAAAGAAACUACAAGUGCAUUGGCAGAUGCCCUGAAAUUACCAGAGAAUAUGAUCGAUGAAAACGGAGACGUUGGUUUUGAAGAUUUCGACGAUGGCGAUGAAGAAGAAGAAGAAGAAGAAUCCAUGGAUGAUGAAGCUAUGAUGGAGCUUGAUGGUCAAUUAUCUGAAAUCUUUAAGCGUAGAAAAGAAGCUUUGAGUAAGGUACCAACUGGGAACAAGAGAAAAUUGGAAGUCAGGGAAUCUAGGGAAAGUGUCAUAUCUUUCAAGCACAGAGUUCUUGAUAUGCUAGAGAUCUAUUGUAAGUAUGUGGUGCGUUUGGCUGGUAAAAGUCAACAGUGUGAAGCUUCGAAGUUGUUAAACAUCCACUCAAUGAUAGAUCCACUACUUAAGUGUAUUCAGCAGACCAUAGAUCGUCCACUGGCUGAAAAGGCCGCCAAGUUAUUAAAGAAUCACAUUUGUAAGUUGAAGCUCGAACCUUUCAAGGGCUGUGUGGAUGAAGUUUCCGAGAUUGUAUUUUUGUCCUUAGAAAAUAUUCACAAUUCUAUGUUGGCGAAGAAGCCAGGACAAUUCCAGCAAUUAUACUUUGGUGCAUGUUCUACGUCCUCUUUGUUCUUGGGUAAAAUUCUGGUAGUAACCAAACCGGACGAAGUGACCUACAAUCGUAUAAUAGACAUAUAUUCACAAAGCAUCAAGAAUUGGACUGUCAAGGGUAAAUUUGGUCCAAAUUUUUUCAUAGAUUUCAUUAAUUGGUUAGCAUCAAAAAGGUCCAAAAACUAG